GCGCACUCCGAGUCCACAGUCUCCAGUCUCCAGACUCCAGUCCAGCAGGCAGAGGAUAGCAGGAGGCACGAUGACAUCUCUGGGACUCAAGGCGAUUGUCGGAGAAAAGAUUAUGAAUGAUGUCAUUAAGAAGGUGAAGAAGAAGGGAGAGUGGAAGGUUUUGGUGGUGGACAAGCUCAGCAUGAGAAUGAUCUCAUCAUGCUGUAAAAUGACAGACAUUAUGUCUGAGGGAAUCACAAUUGUUGAGGACAUAACCAAGCGCCGUGAGCCUCUUCCUACCAUGGAAGCCAUAUACCUCAUCACUCCAUCUGAUGAGUCAGUUGAGGGACUCAUCAAUGACUUCAGAGAUCCCCGUAAUCCCAUAUACAGAGGGGCACACGUGUUCUUCUCAGACACAAUCCCAGACACUAUGUUCAACUUGAUAAGUAAAUCCCGUGCCUCUAAAUCCAUAAAGACACUGACUGAGAUUAACAUCGCCUUCCUGCCAUAUGAAUCACAGGUGUUCUCAGUGGACAACUCAGAUGCCUUCCAGGAUUUCUACAGUCCGUUUAAAGCUGAUGUAAAGAACCAGGUGUUGGAGCGUUUAGCUGAGCAAAUAGCCACCCUGUGCUCCACACUGAAGGAGUACCCAGCUGUUAGAUACAGAGGAGAGUACAAAGACAAUGCAGUUCUGGCCCAGAUGCUUCAGGAUAAACUGGACGGUUUCAAAGCAGAUGACCCCACUUUGGGAGACGGACCUGAUAAAGCACGUUCCCAGCUAUUGAUUCUGGAUCGAGGUUUUGACCCAGUCUCACCAAUUCUACACGAGCUCACAUUUCAGGCCAUGGCUUAUGACCUGCUGCCCGUUGAGAAUGAUGUCUACAAGUACGAGACCAGUGGAAUGGGUGACACUCGUAUGAAAGAGGUGCUGUUGGAUGAAGAUGAUGACCUGUGGAUGACUCUGAGACAUAAACACAUAGCAGAGGUGUCAACGGCUGUGACUAAAUCACUUAAGGACUUCUCUGCAAGCAAAAAGAUGAACACAGGAGAGAAGACCACCAUGAAAGAGCUCUCCCAAAUGCUUAAAAAAAUGCCACAGUACCAGAAAGAGUUAAGCAAGUAUUCAACUCACCUGCACUUAGCAGAAGACUGUAUGAAGCAUUACCAGGGCUCAGUGGACAAACUGUGCCGUGUUGAGCAGGAUCUAGCUUUGGGCACAGAUGCGGAGGGUGAGAAGAUCAAAGACCCCAUGAGAGCCAUCGUACCCAUCCUACUGGAUGCCAACGUCACCAUCACGGACAAAAUCCGUAUCAUCCUGCUCUACAUCUUCCUCAAGAACGGUGUGUCAGAGGAGAAUCUGUGUAAGCUCCUCCAGCAUGCUCAGAUUCCUCCAGAGGACAGUGACAUCAUCUCUAAUAUGGCCCAUAUGGGGAUUCCCAUCAUUUCAGAGCAAACAACCACACGCAAAGGGAAGAAAUCUGACCGCAAGGAAAGAAUCAGUGAGCAAACGUACCAGCUCUCCCGAUGGACUCCGCAGGUUAAAGACAUCAUGGAGGAUGCCAUUGAAGACAAACUUGACCCAAAACAGUAUCCUUACAUCUCCACACGCACAGCAUCCUCAAAAACAGCAUCCACAGCUUCUAGUGCCCGUUAUGGGAACUGGCAUAAGAACAAGAGCCCAGGAGAGAUACGCAACGGCCCACGCAUCAUCGUCUUCAUCGUUGGGGGUCUGACCUACAGCGAAAUGCGCUGCGUCUAUGAGGUCACACAGGCCAACGGCAAAUGGGAAGCUCUUAUCGGCUCCACCCACAUCAUCACUCCCAUUAAAUACCUAAAGCAUCUGCAGCACCCAGACUUCCUGGACCCCAACGUGGCCCCUGAGGACCAGAUUCCCGCAGAAGAUUAGUGAUGAAGACAAGAAACAAGAAUGUGAUGACAUCAUCACCCUCCCUCACUAUUCUGACAUCCUCAGUGACAUGAUCCGACAAAAAACGGAAUCUUCCUUGACUCACACACAUAUACAUUGUUUCUACACUUCGGCUAAUUUCAGGCAGUCUGUCUUGUCAGCAAUAGGCUACAGUGAAGUAUAUUAUUACAUACUGUAAGUAGCCUCUGUACCAUUCAUAAUCACCUAAAUAUGAGCCAAAGUAUCAAAGUUUGUUAAAUUACUGAAAUAUACUGUAUAAAGGGAACAUGCACAGUCAGUCUGUCAUUAUCAACAAACAAUUUAGGUGUUAUUAUGCAUUGUUGGUAACAUGGGACCAGUCGACUAAAACAAAAAUGAUAGAUUAUUUAAAUACUCUCAAUGUUCAGCAACACAAAUUGAGUUUGAGAAGUAGUUUGGCCUGCUAUGCAGUGGUCUGGUGUGUCUGCCAAGCAUGAUUGUGUCUGUUGUGUAAUGAUCAUGUUAAUAUUGGAUGUCCCAUUGUAAUUAUAUCAAACGCUUUGUGUUGUUUUAAUCUUGUGGUUAGGAAAUUAUAGUUACUAGUUUUAUAUAUCGAGUUUGUUCAUAUAGUAAAGCCUCCCUCUCUGAUAUUUUGUUCUUUUAUAUAUAUCGAGUUUGUUCAUAUAGUAAAGCCUCCCUCUCUUAUAUUCUGUUGUUUUAGACAUUGUUUUACAUCUUCAGUAAGCACAAAAUGACUGUUCCUUGUGUAGUAAUGUAGUAUGAUUGCUUUUUAUGUUGUAAUCCGUUAUUUAUUUACACUAAGAUUACAAAUUUAUGCAGUGUAAAUAAUACAAUGUGUAUCCCAUAUUUAAAUAUAUUUAAAAUGUUUAACACAUCAGAGGUUAUGAAGUGCAAAACACUGUCUUGUGCAUAUAAUAAAAUAAACUGGCUUCUAUUAAACAUUU